UUUCCCUCUUAUUUCAUCUCUUUCAAUAAUGGACGCCUACUAUUCCAACUUGUUGGAGAGGGAAUAUGGUAUUUCCAGAUAUGAUCGCCCAUCGGGAAAACUCACCGGCGGUUCAAAAAGUGUCAAUCUUGGUUCCCAAAAUGUCAUCACUACUUUUGACAAGAAUCUAUUAAUCGAUUUGAGCAAACUUUCCAUUAAAAAUGUCAUCUGUCAAAGUCGAUAUUCUGUAGUUCAUCAAGGAUUAUAUAAAUCCCGCCCUGUUGCGAUAAAAGUAAUACAGCCAGCGAGAGCCUCAAAUGUAAGUCCUGUGAGGAAGAAGAAAUUCGAGAGGGAAAUUACCUUGCUAUCUAGAGUGAAACAUGAAAACAUUGUGAAGUUUAUUGGUGCAUCCAUGGAACCAACUUUGAUAUUAGUCAUGGAGUUAGUGAAAGGUGAUACACUUGAGAAGUACCUGUGGAGCAUCCGACCACAUUGUCCGGAUUUGAAACUUUCUCUAAGUUUUGCAUUGGAAAUUUCUAAAGCAAUGGAGUAUUUGCAUGCAAUGGGCAUCAUUCACCGUAAUCUGAAGCCAAGUAAUCUACUCCUAAUGGAAGACGGGACAAAAAUUAAACUAGCUGACUUUGGGUUAGCUAGGGAAGAGACAGAAGCUGAAAUGACCAUGGGCACUGGUACAUUCCGCUGGAUGGCUCCUGAGUUGAUCGACAUAGAAGCAAUUAAUGACGGGGUGAAGAAACACUACAAUCAUAAAGUAGACGUCUACAGUUUCUCGAUGGUUCUAUGGGAGCUACUCACCAACAAUACGCCAUUCGAGGGAAGCAGCAGCAUUAUGGCAGCAUAUGCUACAGCUAAAAAAGAAAGGCCAAGCACAGAUGACAUUCCUAAGGAGAUUAAACCCCUCAUCACAAAUUGUUGGUCGGAGGAUCCAGCUGAUCGACCAGAAUUUGAGAAAAUAUCGAAGUUCCUAGCAAAUCACCUUGGCGUUGAAUAUACCCCAGAAGCAAUAAAUCCAAAUCCCUCUGUGAUGCAGCCAGAGAUUACUGAUAUUUCUGGCACCAGUAAGAAGAAGAAGAAGAAGAGCAAGGGUUUGUUAUGCUGUUUCAGCACGUAGGGGCAUGAUAACAUGACAAUCGAAUAGGUGCAGUGACUUUUCGUUAGUUCUUAAAUAAUUGAUGCAAGUCCUAUAGUUAGUAUAGUCUCUAAAUUACACCAUUCAUUCAUUGUUGAACACUGUACAGAAAAUUAAGCAAUAUAUAGCAUCUUGUAAAGAGAAAACAGGAAAAUAUGGAAAAGUGUAUAUAGCGUAU